AUGCCCGACUUGACUCACUCCGCCGACAGUGCUGGCACCGACUGCGCAAUUCAAAGCGACAUGGUCGACUCGAGCAUGUGGUCGCCGGUGAAAGCGCUGUCGGCCUCCAUCGCAGCAGCGUUCACAUCAGUAAUGGGCAGUCUUGAUCGCAAAGCUGGUGAGCUCCUUGGAAUGCCAGUCAGUAAUUCUUCUGCCGACCAGUCUCCCAAGGAAGCACUCGAGAAAAGCGCAGUCAUCGUUGACCGGUACUCGGGCAAGGUGAGACCCGACGCUAUGGCUGCUGUCGACAGUCGGCUUAUAUCGCACCUCCGGCAAGGGUAUCAGAGGUGGCACGUGAGAAGUCCGCCUUCAACAAGCGGAGAAAGUACACCACGAGCGCGAAGCAGUGGGCUCUCCCUGUCGUCGUACGCGGCCAUGGCUAGAAGCUUUCUGCCCGGAGCACGGAUCAAGCGACCCAAACGGACGACCACUGCUGCCGACAUCACGUUGAUCGAUUCGUUGGACAGCAGCUUCACACCUACAUUGAGCAAGUUCGGCCUAGACAACGACAGCGACGAUGAAGACCAGGAUGGCUUGUGA